CUCUUAGUUAUUUGAGAGUCUUUUCUUUUGGAAUUGGCAUCGCGCUCCGGUUUGAGAAUUGUUAUACACAGAUAAACAAAAAUUUGUUCUUCUUGUUUGUUGUACGGCGAGUGAUUUUGUUUAAAGUUUACUUGAUUUUUUUUUCCCUUUUCUCAUGUCUAUUGCAAUCGUGAAAAUUCCAUAAUCAAAUCGCGGAGGAGCAUAAACAAUGACGAAGAAGUUUGAAUUCAAUUGGCAAAUUGAAACUCCUGAAUUCCUUAGAAAUGGAGCGACUUUCGAUCGAUGGUUUGAAGAUAAAGAAAAUACGGAGUACGAGCCCGAUUGUUUGUUCAAAGUUGAUGAAUUCGGUUUCUUCAUUUACUGGAAAAGUGAAGGAAAGGAUGGUGAUGUCAUCGAAUUGGCCCAAGUGAGUGACAUAAGAUACGGAGGGACGCCAAAGGAUCCGAAACUGUGCAACAAACUAAGCAAACACGGUACCCUCGAACAAUUGGAUGAAAAGAGUCUAACGAUAUGUUCCGGAACAGAUUAUACCAAUAUUCAUUAUCAGCAUAUUGUUUGCACGGACGCACAGACGGCCAAAGACUGGCAAAGUGGACUGCGGUUGAUUACGCACAAUACAAAAGCCAGCAACGUCUGCCCAAAAACACAGCUGAUGAAGCAUUGGAAGAGGCUGAGCUUUUCCGUUGACCCAAAAGGAAAGGUUCCGGUUAAGGUUAUUUCUAAAACUUUUGCGUCAGGAAAAACAGAGAAAUUAGUCUACCAAGGACUGGCCGAUCUAGGAUUACCUAGUGGGAAGAGUGACAAAAUCGAGCCCGAAGCUUUUACAUUCGAAAAGUUUUACACUCUGUACCACAAGCUCUGCCCGAGAAACGACAUCGAGGAACUAUUUCAAUCGAUAACCAAACAAAAAGCGGAUACCAUUAGUCUGGAGCAGUUGAUCACAUUCAUGAACGAAAAACAAAGAGACCCGAGACUUAAUGAAAUUCUUUAUCCGCUCUACGACGAGAAACGGUGCAUCGAAAUUAUCAACGACUACGAACAGGAUGAAAAAGCCAAGUCAGAAAAAAGAUUAACGAAAGACGGCUUCAUGAGUUAUCUAAUGUCCGACGAGAACGCACCGGUGUUUUUGGACAAACUCGACGAAUGGAUGGAUAUGGACCAGCCUCUGUGUCAUUACUACAUAAAUUCGAGUCACAAUACAUACCUUAGCGGAAGACAAAUCGGUGGAAAAAGUACCGUAGAGAUGUAUCGGCAAACGCUUUUGGCCGGAUGCAGAUGUGUGGAGCUUGAUUGCUGGGACGGUAAGGGGGAAGACGAGGAGCCAAUAAUUACCCACGGAAAGGCGAUGUGCACGGAUAUCCUGUUUAAGGAUGUCAUCUAUGCUUUGAGAGAUUGCGCUUUUGUAACGAGCGAUUACCCCAUAAUAUUGAGUUUCGAAAAUCACUGUUGCCUGAAGCAGCAGUACAAGUUGGCCAAAUAUUGCGACGACAUACUGGGCGACUUGUUGCUGAAGGAGCCGUUGAAAGAUUACCCCCUGGAACCGGGUUCUCCGUUGCCACCCCCAAGCGCCUUGAAGCGCAAGAUCCUCAUAAAAAAUAAACGAUUGAAACCCGAAGUGGAAAAAGUAGAGUUGGAGUUAUUCCGUUCGGGUCAAUUUGAAGCGAAGGAUGAAGUUGUCGAGGACGCUAGCGCCCCGGCCGUUACGGAACCACCAAAGGAGGUUCCGGUGGAUCCGGCAGCCGCCGGUCCUCCUGGCGAAGGAGGCGCCGAAGGUGAAGCACCUCCGAUUCAAUACAGCGGGAGUACAAUGGCCUGCCAUCCCUGGCUAUCUUCGAUGAUCAACUACGCUCAACCGAUUAAGUUCCAGAGCUUCGAAACCGCCGAGAAGAAGAAUAUUCAUCACAACAUGUCGUCGUUCUCGGAGACCGCCGCCCUCAAUUAUCUGAAGACCUCUUCCGUGGAGUUUGUUAAUUACAACAAGAGGCAGAUGAGUCGAAUUUAUCCAAAGGGCACCAGAGCAGAUUCAUCGAAUUACAUGCCACAGGUCUUCUGGAACGCGGGAUGUCAAAUGGUAGCGCUUAACUUCCAAACUCCAGAUUUGCCGAUGCAGUUGAAUCAAGGAAAGUUUGAGUACAACGGAAACGGAGGCUAUCUUUUAAAACCCGAUUUCAUGAGAAGACCCGACAGAAGCUUUGACCCCUUUUCCGAAGACGUGGAUGGCGUCAUCACCGCGCAGUGUUCGGUGCAGGUAAUUGCUGGGCAGUUCUUGUCCGACAAAAAGGUCGGCACUUACGUAGAAGUCGACAUGUACGGUUUGCCAGCCGAUACGAUUCGUAAAGAGUUCCGGACAAGGAUGGUUCCGGGAAAUGGAUUAAAUCCCGUUUACAACGAGGAGCCAUUUCUAUUCAGGAAAGUCGUCCUUCCCGACUUGGCUGUUCUCAGAAUUGGUGUCUACGAAGAAAGCGGAAAAUUACUGGGACAGAGGAUUCUUCCAUUAGACGGUUUGCAAGCAGGGUACAGACAUAUUUCCCUGAAGACUGAAGCCAAUUUUCCGAUGGCAUUACCUAUGCUUUUCAUCAAUAUCGAGCUGAAAAUUUACGUUCCCGAUGGAUUCGAAGAUUUUAUGGCCAUGCUAUCAGACCCAGGUGCGUUCAACAAGGGAGCUGAGAAACGUGAUGAGGCAAUGAAAGGGUUGGGUAUCGAGCAGUCUGAUACGAAAGCUGAAGCGGAAAAAAAGAAGAAGGAAGAAGAGGCGAAGAAGGCUGAGUUUAAACUCGACCCAAUUACGAUGGAAUCAUUGAAACACGAAAAGGGAUUUUCAAAGACCGGGAAAAAACAGCAGAAGGAGCUCGAGACCCUUAGGAAAAAACACCUCAAGGAGAGGCAGACGAUGCAAAAAAAUCAUUGCAGUGCCAUUGAGAAGUUAGUGAAGGGCAAGGACAAGGCCUCCUUGACGCAGGAUGCCAACGUUAAAAAAGUCGUCAAUGAACAGACCGCGCAAUGGUCCGCCAUGAUGGAAAAACAGCGAAAAGAGGAAUGGGAAUUGUUGAAAACUCAUGCCCAAAAUUCACGGGAUGAAUUGAAAAAAUUAAUCGAAGUCGUGCAGGCGAACCAGAACAAACAGCUGCAGGUCAAGCAGGACAAAGAUAUCAAAGAAAUGAAUGCAAAUCAAGCGAAAACAUCAGUGGAGACGGCGAAGGAAGUCAUGAACGAUAAGGCGCUCAAGACAAAGGGAGACAAGGACAGGAGACUUCGAGAAAAGAAGCAGAUGAACACUAAGAAAUUCAUGGAGGAAAGGAAAACUGUACAAAUUAAACAAGGGCGCGAAAAAGAGAAGCUGAAAGUCACUCACGAGAAACAAGUCACCGAGUUGGAUAAGGACAUCGACGAGACCGUCGAGAUGUACAAAAACGAACAGGUGGAAUUUGACUUGUCAUCAAAAACAGAGUUCUACGUUUAACUUCAAUGAUAUCCUUACCCUAAUUUAUUUCGUGCGAAUUUUACGAGCUGCAUUUCAAUAGGGAUGUAUAUAUUUGUUGCAACUAAUGUUUGAGUUGAAAGUGGCACAUCGGGAGAGAAAAUUUCAAAUACUCACGCGUGAGGUUGUCUACUUGGAAGAAUCAUUAAUCAGCCGCGAGCGUAAACGCAGACGAUAUUUUAAUCGCUGUUCGUUCUCCACGGGCGUUUCUGCACCCCCCUGGGUAGGUGAGUUUGAUUGAUACGGCCGUCUUAUUAAACAUAGAAAUGUUGAAUAAUUACCAAACGUCCAUCAAAAUGUUGAAUAUCAAUAAUAGCAAUAAAUCCAUUCUUGAAUUAC